AUGGCUGAUAAUCAGAUCAGAAAUCCAAUCAUUUUCGCUCCGGAAACUUACCAGUACGACAAGAAUUCGCUUGAUGUGAAUCAGGUCGAGUCGGAUCCCAUUGUGCAAUUCACCAAAUGGUUCAAAGAAGCCAAGGCUGAUCCAAGUGAGAGUAUUCCAGAAGCGGUGAAUUUUUCGUCUGCGGAAUUGCCAAGUGGAAGAGUUUCGUCUAGAGUCCUACUUUUUAAGGAAUUGGACGACCGCGGGUUCACGAUUUAUUCCAAUUGGGGCACUUCGCGGAAGGCGCACGAUAUUCAAACCAAUCCUCAGGCGGCUUUGACGUUUUUUUGGAAAAACCUUCAAAGACAAGUACGGAUUGAAGGUAAAGUGGAACAUGUUAAUAGAGAAACCUCCGAGCGGUAUUUCAAGACCAGACCCCGUGGAUCGAAAGUUGGUGCAUGGUCCUCACCGCAGUCCGCAGUCAUCAAAAAUCGUGCAGAACUUGAAAAAUUGGUUGCUGAAAACGAAGCCAAAUUUGAAGGUGUCGACGAUGUGCCAUGUCCAGAGUAUUGGGGCGGUCUUAGAGUUGUUCCCUUGAUGAUUGAAUUCUGGCAAGGACGUUCUAGUCGUCUUCACGACAGAAUCGUUUUCCAACGUGAAUCUGAAAAAGACGAAUGGAAUGUUCUGAGAAUUGCGCCAUGA